AAGCAGAAAACAACAACUCGUCCCCCGAAGAGCCCCUUCUUCCCAAAGGAGACCAAACCUACAGUGAUAAGAAAGUAAAUAGCACGAUAACCUCUAUGGAUUCAGCACUGUCCUACUCGGACAACUGCUCCGAUAUCGAAGUAGAUCACGUUAGGUUUACAAACGAUAAGAAUAGCACCUCAACAAUACACAGUAGCGACAACAGUAACAACGGCAACUGCAACAACAACGACUCACAGGCGUAAGACUAGAAUAACCCAUCUCUAACUUGUUGAGUAAUGGAAACUAGCUAAAAUAACGUCCAAUAUGGGGUAUGGAUGGCAUCUUUCUCAAAUCAACUAAACUCGUCGGUAUCUCGAAAAUAUGGCUUCCUGUCAUAUUGACACGUGUACACACAACACAAACACACUGGGUUGAGUAGAGCACCCAAAAUAACUCAAUCACUUCCGAACAACACACUCACAUUCGACUCUAGGUUUCCGAACACUAAAUGCACAGCGAAAGGAUAUUUAAGUUCACAUCUCACCUUUAAAGCCGGGACGGUUUUGGAUCGUUGGAUAAGAUGUUCAAGGAAUAGCCGCCCCCGUGAGCAGCGAACCAAAAACAUGCCAUCACCACAGUGACCAUGCAUUGUAGCUAAGCAGAGUGUACAUUUGUCCUAGCUAAGACUACCCGUGUGUAAACCCACACCCAAGAAGACCAAGGAUGAUGCAGAUGAUGCGAUACUUCCGAGAAAGUUGUGAUUCUAAUUUUAGUCCCAUUCAGUUCUAGCCGUACACCUCAGGCCGUCUAGGAUCUGAGGACGCAUGUGGUUACCUUGUAACGACUCGUAGUGAGCGCUUGAGGCACGGCACGGUCACGCCGCCGUCGUUGUGCGAUAAACUAUUAAAUUAUUCUGUUAAACAAGGCGAGGUAGCCCCAAACCGAGCGCAUUACCCACAAAGCUGUGAAGGGGAGAAAGUAUCGAAACGAAAGUGCCAAGCAACAGAGUCACUUUGGUCAUUUAGAAACGCUUCGCCAGAUUUUAAAUUUAAGCCAAACCAUGCCAAGUCCCACACAUCGAUAGGAAAUUAUACAUUUAUUUUAGUUCUAGGUGAACAAAAUGUGAAUGCUUCGGAUACGAAAAAAAUCAACUGAAUGUCUAGAUCAAUUACUAGCGGUGGGUCGUUCAAAACGAAGGCCCUCAGCCAAACCCUGUAAAUAGGUGCAACUGCUUAAACGGUAAGGAUCACUGUUGAAUAAAAGACAUUUUACCUUUAUUACUAGCCUGUAAGUCGUGCGAAGCAAGUGUGAUUCAGGUUGGUGAAAUGUGUUUGCAUGCAGAACAAACAUGAAAGUCAUAGACUUGGAUUGAAGAAAAAAAACUCACUGAAAAUGAUAAAAUAUGUUGAUCGAUUGAGUUUUUAUUUUAUACGUGUGCAAAACAUGCCAUGAAGUACACAGCAUUAUUAUCCUCAACUGACUGUUUAAGAUAAAUUGUUACGUUGGAAUAGUGGCAUACGAACCUUCAUGUGAAAUAAAGUCAUUAGGAAAAUUUUAAGAAAA